AUGAGUGAAUCAACCAAUCAAAACUUGCCCUCAAUAUAACCACUUGAGUUAGAUACCAGCGACACUCCCAACCCCAAGUUCGCAGAAAACACCUCAAAAAGCAAGGAAAAUAAAUCUACUGUUUCCUAAGCAGCACUUAACUUAUACAAAUGUUGUAUAGGCUCAGGUAUUUUGGCAGCACCCUUUACUUUCCGUGAAGGAGGCUAUUUACUCACUUCUUUCUGUUACUUUUUGAUCUGUAUCCUCAUGAUCUACUCCCAAUUAGUAUCUAUGCACCUAAUUUGUAGAUGUUACUUCCGAGAAUUGUGGAUGAAAUCAAUCAACCCAAUUUAGAAUUACGUGUACUUAAACAAAUUAUUUAUAAUUGUCAUGCAAUGGGGAUGUUGUGCAUCAUAUGUUUUAUUUUUUAUGGAAUUCUUAGAAUAUGCAAUAUACCAUCAUCAAGAUGUCAUAUUCUCUCAUCAACUAAUCUAUUUGUCGAUUGCCAUGUGCAUCAUCAUCCCACUAGUAUUCAUUAACAACAUGACUUUAUUCACUAAAUUUAGCACUAUCGCAAAUAGUCUUAUCAUCAUUUCACUCAUUGCUUGCAUAGUUUACUUUAACAUUGAACUUGUCAAGGAGGUUAAUUAUAAUGAUAUUCCAGUUGCUAGAUUUAGCAAUCUCCCGCUAGUUAUAGGAGUGGCUCUUUUUUCUUUCGAGGCCAUUGGAACACUCUUGGAUGUCAGAAAAUCCAUGUAAGAACCAGCCAAAUUCCCCAAACUCAUGACUUUAGUGUUCUCUGGUUGUACAAUGCAAUUCUGGAUUUUUGGGCUUCUUGGUUCGUUGAGUUAUGGAGAUACAACAAACGAGAUUAUCUUGUUCUCUUUGGGGAAUGGUGCUGAAGCAUUUCAAAUACUCUACGCCAUCGCUUUAAUAAUCACAUUGCCUUUGCAGUUGCUUCCAGCUUUUCACUUGAUCGAAAGAAUUAAAAUUGCAAAGCACUUUACUCGAGAAGGAACUUCAGGUUUUUUAUUGAGAAGAACUUUCUUAAGAUUACUUCAAGUUCUGGCCAUUGCAGGAUUAGCCAUAGCCAUUCCUUAAUUCGCUCUCUUGAUCUCCUUUAUUGGUGGAUUGUGUGGAGCUGUUCUUUAAUUUUUUUUUCCUUUAAUGUUCUAUCUGAAAUGGACUUGGCGAUUUAAGCCAUCAGAAUUGGAAGGCCAAAUUUACAUUUGUUCAAUGAUUCUAGGUUGUAUUCUAGGUUUGGUCGCAGUCGCAGAUUCUAUUUACGAAAUAGCCACUUAGUGA